AUGCCUCGUCUCAAAACAUCAACCAUCGCCCUUCUCCUACCCCUGCUCUUCUCUCCCGUUAUCGCAGAAGAUGUCAAGCUAGUGGGCUGUGAUGCUGUCGGGUGCCCCCCGCACUAUGAUAGCGAUCGCUGCACCGUUGAAAAUACCACCUUCAUAGGAGUCGGGGUGUCCCCUAUCCCGGAUGUUCCCUCAGAACUAAAAGGCUUCUCCCUUGUCAAGGCUGUCAACGUCUCGGCCACACCGGUCCAGUUUAACGGCUCGCGAGUACGUCCCAUCAGGUCGUUUUACUCCCUAGGCACCCCGGAGCACACAGAGACGAACAGCCUCUCUGGCUGUGCAGUUAUCUUCAACGAUCCACCAGCCAACAAGUUCACGCCCCCUAGUGGGGCCGAUACCUUCGCUGCCACUGGGACCUGCGCCGAUGUUAUUCAGCAAAAGUGCAUUGAUACAAUCACGCAGCGAGCUAGGAAUGCAGCCAACCGGGCCGGGGGUAAUGCCAAUGCCUGUAACGCGCUCGAGCAAGAAUUGAAGAAGGAUGAUUUUAGCGGAUGCUCCUUAUUCGGGGGCCACGGUACCUCCCUCGGAAACUUCACUAUCAAGUCAAUUGGGAACCUCCAUGCUGCCAGAAACUCUUCGGAUUGCUGGCCCGUGCAGCAGAAGUCGGAUGGGCUAAUGCAGAUCGCCGAGGUGACUUCAAAUGUAAGCUGA